CAAACACGAUUCUGUUGAAAUGUCCAAUUUAUUAUUUAGUAGCGUUAUAAUUGUGGCAAUAUGUUUUCAAGUAUCCGUAAGUUGGGUUGUACAAACACAUAAUUCGAAUAAUGAUAUGACGAAUGAAAUUACCGAUGAAGAUGGAAAUCCUAUUGGAGAACAGAGACUGAGUUUAAUUGUACCAGGAACAAAAUGGUGUGGAUCGGGAAAUAUAUCAGAAAAUUAUGAAGAUUUAGGAAAAUUUAAAGAAACUGAUAAAUGUUGUAGAGCACAUGAUUAUUGCGACGAUAUUAUUGAAGCGGGUGAAACUAAAUACAAUUUAACAAACAAUUCAUUUUAUACAAGAUUAAACUGUAAAUGCGAUGAAGAAUUUUAUAAUUGUUUACGAGGAACUGACAGCUAUGUAUCAAAUCAUGUUGGUGGAAUUUAUUUUAAUGUUCUUGGUACUAAAUGCUAUCGUGAAGAUUAUCCAAUUGUAAAGUGUGUAAAAAAAGAGCGUAAACGAUGUGUCGAAUAUGAAUUUGAUGAAAACGGUGAAAAAUUACAUCAAUGGUUCGAUGUACCGUUUUACUAGCACAAUCAUUUUUAAGAAGAAAACACGAUUAUUUAUUUAAAAAACAAAACUUAUAAUUUAUUUAUGAAUAUUAAGAAGUAAAUAAAUUAGCUGUACUACCUAGUAGUUAUUAAUUAAGGCACAUGAUGCGUAUUUACAAAAUCCGUGGAAUUUUUCGAAGAGAGUAGG